GGGCCUCUUGAUCAUAUAAAUAAUGGGUCGGAUUAAAGAACGGAGUGGACCGCGUAUGGCCCGCGGGCAAUACUUUGCAAAACCCGUGUCAGUGUUCCUAAUAUUGUGUCCAAAAACCACUACGCUCGUGGAACUAAUGGGCAGAUGUCGUGCUUUUGACCUCCACCCAGGUCGUCCAAUCAGAAGAGCGUUCAUCACUACAACCAGCCAACCAGCGAGAAGUGGGCGGGACUUGAUGUCUGAGCAGUUACGGUGAACCUAGCUAGUUAGCCUAGCAUAAGCUAAUGCCACGGAGCUAUGACAUGCUUGGAUACACACAGCCAUGCUAUUUCCAACGGCGGCUAACGUAACCUGGAAAAUUCUUUAACUUGGCUGCUCUCCGGUCACGUCGCCGGGCUGUUUCGGGGAGGACUACGUACGGAGGGAGAGACGAAAAAAGGUGGCCGUCGGCGAGAAGAAGGUCACGUUGUGCAAGAUGACGGAAGAGGUGAUUGUCAUCGCCAAGUUUGAUUACAUGGCCCAGCAGGACCAGGAGCUUGACAUCAAGAAGAACGAGCGCCUCUGGCUUCUCGACGACUCCAAGUCCUGGUGGAGGGUCCGGAACGCCACCAACAAAACGGGCUUUGUGCCGUCCAACUAUGUGGAAAGGAAAAACAGUGCCAGGAAGGCUUCCAUUGUCAAGAACCUCAAGGAUACAUUGGGAAUUGGAAAGGUGAAGAGCAGGAAAGGGGGCAUGAGGGAUACGGCCUCCAACGCCGACACCGACAUGUACGCCGACAACGGCGAGCGCCUGUACGACCUGAACCUGCCUGCCCUGGUCAAGUUCAGUUACGCGGCGGAGCGUGAAGAUGAGCUCUCCUUGGUCAAAGGCACUCGGGUGGUGGUGAUGGAGAAAUGCAGUGACGGCUGGUGGCGCGGCAGCUACAGCGGACGCUCCGGCUGGUUCCCGUCCAACUACGUGACAGAAGACGUGGACGGGACGGCGGGAGGAGGAGGGCCCGGCAGCCUCGGGGACCCGUCGGGAUCGCUCACGGAGAAGCUGGCGGCCGUGGUGAACAGCACAGCCAACGGGAACCGGGUGUUACACACGGUGCAGGCGCUCUACCCCUUCGGCUCGGACAACGAUGAGGAGCUGAACUUUGAGAAGGGGGAGGUGAUGGAGGUGGUGGAGAAGCCCGAGAACGACCCAGAGUGGUGGAAAUGUCGCAAGGCUGACGGCCAACUCGGCCUGGUGCCCAAGAACUACGUGACGGUGCUGGACUCGGCCUCGCACAAAACCACAGCGGGGCCCGCCGGCCCACCCACACCCGACUGUGACUACAUUUCGCCGUCCGGCAGCGGGCGAUUCGCGGGCAAGGAGUGGUACUACGGGAAGGUGACGCGCCACCAGGCGGAGGUGGCACUCAACCAGCGAGGCACCGAGGGGGACUUCCUCAUUCGAGACAGCGAGUCAUCACCCAACGACUUCUCCAUCUCGCUGAAGGCGCAGAGCAAGAACAAGCAUUUCAAGGUGCAGCUGAAGGAGAGCCUCUACUGCAUCGGACAGCGCAAGUUCAACUCCAUGGAGGAGCUUGUGGAACACUACAAAAAGGCGCCCAUCUUCACCAGCGAGCAGGGUGACAAACUCUACCUGGUCAAGGCCCUAUCCGCCUCCUGAUCCCAAGAACGCAAUCUCAUCUAGACACACACAAUUGUAAAUGUCUCACACACACACACACACACACACACACACACACACACAGGCACACACACACUAUACAGAACACACACUAACAUCAAGCCUGAAGACUUUACACGUCGUCGGGACUUCUUUUGCCUGGUUGAGCAUUCCAAGAGGAGGAUGGGAAAAAGGCAUGAGAGGAGGAAGAAUGUUGGGAGUGUUGGGAGACGAGAAGAAGAAGAAGGAAAAAAAAAAAGACUAAGGACUCCUGAGAGCGGAUGAUGGACCUCUUGGCCACUUAUUUAUGUGAUCCAGAUGUGUUUGCUGGCAGUCGUGUAUUUCCACCUCCAUAGCUUAGUCGCAUUUAGUUUGUCGAAAAUGUAUACCUAAUCCUUUUUAACCAUUUCUUUUUAAAAAUGUGACUUUUUUUUUGUUUUGUUUUAACUGUAAACCGAGCCCCUCCGGUAUGAAGCUUUUUUUUUUU